ACCGAAAUCAUUGUUGAUUCUUUGCCGGAAAUGGUGCAAUUCUGGCGGACAGAUACUAAGUACCUCGACGUAGCCAUGUCGCAUCAACGCCAGAGGGAAUGGCCGUUAGCGCGAGCGGUUAGAACUACGAAACGGGGAUACAUGUGUGGCCCCUGUGCGACUAAUCCCCACUAGGUGACGCGUGCCUGCUGGGACAGGCUACUCUGAGGGACGUGCUCCCGUAUGGAAUGCCUUUCCCUGCGGACUACUGUUCCCUGCGGACUACUGUUCCCUGCGGGCUCUUGUCCCCUACGGGCUACUGUUCCCUGUGGACUACUGUUCCAUGUGGACUAUCGUUCCCUGGGGGAUUGUUUUCCGCACGGGACAACCUUCCACCCGGCAACGCAGUCCGUAAGGGAAGGCCUCCCCCAUGGGACGGAUUUCCUCAGGUGUCACUCGACCCCAUGGCCCAGCACAAGGUACGCUUAAUAAUCACGAUGUCGGUUAUUUUCUUUGGUGGUGUUGUAUGGGGUAUCGUCAAUUACGUCUUCAAACCCUCAGCGAAAGGAUAACUAGCACAAUCCCAAAGACUCCGAUACAGCGCACAUAUCAUCGU